AUGGCGGCGUCACCGCUGUUGCUGCUCUUGCUGGUGUCGCUGGUGUCGACGGCGGCCGCCACCAGCAACACAUCGGAAAGCUGGGAGAGGAAGAGGAGCGAGGAGGAGACCCGGCAGAUCUUCAGGGAGUGGAAGGCCAUGCACGGCACGACCAACAGCUCCCUCGAUGAGGAGGAGCAGCGCGCGUACACCAUGUUCAAGCACAGGCUCGGCCUCAUCGACCGGCAGUGGCAUGACCAAGGCUACUCCGUCUUCUCCUGGGAGAGGGGGAGGAGCGAGCAGGAAACGCGCAAGAUCUUCGCGGAGUGGAAGGCACGAAAACCAGUUACUACCUACAGCUCCAUCGCCCACGAAGAGCACCGGUACACCAUAUUCAAGGAGGACCUGCGCAAAAUCGACCAGCACAACGCUGGCUACGCCAUCGGGGUCCACAAUAACAACAGAUGCCUCAACCAGUUUAGCCAUCUCACCCAAGAGGAGUUCGAAGCCGUUUGCUGCGGGUUCUGGCCGGAGGAGCCGUCCGAGGCCAAAUUACAGAGGAUAGGCGAGAUCCAGGAGCUGUUGCGGCAAGCAUUUACCCGAAUAUUGUUCCAAGGUCAGGCUACGAACUCUUGUAUACACUGCGAAGAUGUUAAACAGUGUAUAAAUGGCUGUAUAGAGUUACUCGUAUACCGGGGAACCGGCCUCGCCAACGCGGUGGGCGAAACUAACUUCGCCGGCCUUCCGAAAGGGCAAGCAAAGGAGCUCGCUGCUCAAAUCGCCUCCGGCGUUCAGGCAGUGCAGCUCUCUCGACGAGUACUGGAGAAGGACCAGGUAGAAUUCCAUGAGAUGCGAAG